AGAAGCAGAAGGUUUAAAGGGGCCAGUAGCUGUAAUUCCAGACAGCUGGCUGCUAGCAUUUUUAAAGAUUCCAGUGGUCGCAGGAUGUGCAACUGGCCACCAAAAUCUGCAAGCUUCAUUAUUAAACACCGGAUUCCUCAUGGCCCAUGCAUCCAGUUUGCCUGCACAAGUCAUUAAGAAAAAGGAAGGAGAUAAAAAGAUGAUGUCUGGACUGUUGGAACACUGUAGCAGGUACUGUAACUUUGGUUAUUAUGCUGCACUAUAAAAGUGUAGUAUUGUUAAAGGGAAAUGUAUGAUAUACUUUUGGUCUGGAUUGGUGAAAUUUAAUUUGGCUACUUUUUAAUAUUUCCAUGAAGGUAACUACCAAGCAGCUAGCCAAAUCUGCGAGAGACUGAAAGAAAUGUCGCAGGUGGAGAGUGAUGACACAAAUACUCCCAAUCAAACAAAAAGGCCACGGAUAACUCCGAUUAGAUUUCGGGAUGCACAGCUAACAGACAUCGAAGGAGAGAAGAAUGCCGAGGAAUCACUAUGUGAUGACCAUUCAAUGCAGCAGUGUCCACCACCAUUGCCAUACUCUCUGCCGCCAGUAGUUGUCAGCCCUAGGGUGUCCCCAAGUAGCAGCUAUCGACAAAGUACUAUUUCACUUUUGCCUUCACAUCUCCAACACUCAUUCUCAGUUUUUCAUCCUGCCAGCAUAGGGACCCACAACCCCUUGGAAGCUCAACUAGAGAAACUUGGGACAGCAGCAGCUGUCUCUUCUGGAAGAGAUGAGAGAUGAUAUAAAAGAUGUGAAAAGGAGGCUUCAAGGAUGGAG